AUUUUGAAAGCUAGCGAUCUGACGACAUUACCCACAAUGCAUUUUUAGGAGCGAGUUUCCGGUCAGAUUUACACAGUCCAAAGAUGGCGGACCUCUUGGGCUCGAUCUUGAGCUCGAUGGAGAAACCUCCAACCGUUCACAACCAGGAAAGCCGGCGGAAAGCUAGAGAACAAGAAGCCAGGCUGAAGAAGAUGGAGGAGGAUGAGAAGAGGAAAAAAGCAGAGUUUCGAAAAAAGAUGGAGAAGGAGGUGUCACACUUCAUUCAGGACAGCACGCAAAAGAAGAAGAAGUAUAAGCCAAUGGGCAAGAUUGAGCGAAGCAUAUUGCAUGACGUGGCAGAGGUGGCAGGCCUGACCUCUUUUUCCUUUGGCGAGGAUGAAGAAAGCAGAUAUGUCAUGCUGUUUAAAAAGGAAUUUGCACCGUUAGAUGAGGAACUGGAGGCGUAUCGUAAUGGUGAGGAAUGGGAUCCACAGAAAGCCGAGGAGAGACGCAAGCUAAAGGAGCAAGCCGCAUUGGAGAUGGAAGCGUCCAGUCAUGCUCAGAAGAGGCCUGUUUCACCCAAUUCAAACUACAGAGACAAAUACAGCCAUCUGAUUGGGACAUCUGCAGCUAAAGACGCUGCCCACACUCUAGAAGCCAACCAGUCAUACGGCUGUGUCCCUGUGGCCAAUAAGAGGGACACGCGCUCCAUCGAGGAAGCUAUGAAUGAGAUAAGAGCCAAAAAACGGCUGAAGAAGGGUGAAGAAGAGGCAGCUAGCAGUGGAAGUAAUGUGUGAGAAAGAUGUGUGUGUGUGUACAUGAACAAGAAUUGUUAUGCAUAGUAGAAGGGUUACUGGAUGGUGUUUUACUCUAUAACAAUGUUUUACAUAAACUAAACUUUACCUGUCAGAUUUAGUAAAGGUGAAAUAUUAUGCACAUAAUGGCAGUCCAGAACUGCAACUGUACCGUUCAAGGCUUUUGACUCUGUACCCUUCCCAAAUUAUGUGUUUUAGAGCUUAAAAUGAGCAUUGUUAGAAAUAUUUGGUGUUUAAAUGUAUGAAUUCCUUUUUCAUUUUGGCCUGGUCAUUUCUACUUGCUCUAUGUAAAAGAAACUUCUUUAGAAUGUUUUAAGUUUCAUUGGUAGUUGUGUUUCAGUGGCACAGUCAGGAUAUUUAUUGCCUUUUUGUAUCUGUGAUAGUCAUAAUCUAACCCCAUUGCCAUUUUAAUCAUUUUGUCUUGCGCAUUUUAAAUCAUGAGAUGUUUUUUCAAUAAAGAAGCUGUUGUUUCUCUUAA